GCUCUUGUUCACCAUUGAAGGCAAACUUUUCCCAUACGAGAGUAUCGAAUAAAUUAUUAAAGAGUUUCUUCUCCCAUUCCAUUCUUAUUUCAUGUGCAACACUUCUGGAUCUUCUUACGGAUACGUUACUGCACCUUUCCUGUUGCUACCGCUGCCGUGGAUCAUAAAUUCAACAAUCGGUUGAAAUCAAUACCUGAUCUUUACCGGAAUCGCACAUUCUUCCGUAUGGUGGCGGUUUGGUGUACUUUCAACUGCAAAUGGGACGAUUCCGACGGGUCCUGUGGACGUGAAAUCCGAUAUCAACAGUAUACCGCUCUACAUUGGGCCGCCAAGCAUGGCAACGAAGACGUCGUUAAACUUGUAGCUGGCACUCUAAAGGCAGAUGUCAACGCUAGAACGAAUGGGGGAUACACAGCACUGCAUAUCGCCAUGCAAUUCGGCCGGAACGACAUAUUUGAACUGCUAUGUAACGUCUACAAAGCAGACCGCGACCUGCUCGACUGGAGUGGAAAGAAACCACUUGAAUAUCAGAAACAGAUGACAACGGUGUCGGCAUCCACCUACAGCAGUGAGUAUGAUCCGAGGUUUAUUGUGAACGAACGGUUUCAUUCUCUUCCGUCGAAAAAACUUCUUUCACCGCUUACACGGGGCGGCACUUUUAUGCGUAAGAAAAAUCGCCGCCAGCGUCCCUCCACUGCGACGGGAGUUGAGCUGCAACGCACGCACUCAAUGCUUACGAUGGUCACGCCGGAACAACUAUCGCUUGACACUAACAAAUCCGCGGCUGAAACUAUCGGCCUACGCAGUAGCAUGAUGGCUCAUCCAUCUGACACGAUGAGCCUAAUUAGCGGCAGCGCUGGAAACUUACGCAGAAGCGACAAAACCAAUCAGAGCUUUUUUCGACGCAAGAAAACGCAUCAAAUCAAGGCCAGGAAAAAGCAUACAGAAAAAGACUCGGGAUUCCUGAGGAUUGGCUCUCUGAACGUUCGAGUGAAGAAAACGACCGAAGCCUUCAGCAACUUUUUGGGAGUUGGGACCAACACGACGCGUCUCCCUCCGACAAUGAGAACUAGCGCUCCACCUAAUUCCACAUACUUUGACAAACUGCACAAGAGCUGGGGUUCUGCUGACAAUAUACCACAUGAAGAUGGCGUCAUGCCGCCGCCCAAGUACGGUUCUGUGAAAAAACGUCGUCCAAAGAGGGAUACUGAGUAUGAACCGGGCAACGAUCAUUUCAGUCAAAGUGUGCCCACUACACCUAGUCAAACACGAGCCCCGAUCGGUAUACUGACAGAGAAUCCUGAUACCGAAUCGGAAAAUCCAGGCGAUUCCGAUUCGGAUACUGCAUGUGGUUUCGAUUCAAAUUGGAGACCUACUUAUAUUUAACCACCAAUCUUAGAUUUCAGUCUAAAGUUACUGUUUCUGAAGCAUUUACAAUAUCUAAUACAUACUCAGAUGUAUUCAAACUUGA